CGGAGACAGGGCCAGAGGGCCAAGCAUCCCGGCCAGGAGCUGCUAUAAAUGCGGAGCCCGCACAGCUCUGGCAAACGCUCUGUGUGGCUCCUCGGCUUUGGCAGAGUGCGAGACGGCUUUCGAAAUGUCUCAGCUGGAAUGCAGCAUAGAUACCAUCAUCGACACCUUCCACCACUACUCUGUGAGGCUGGGGCACCCAGACACCCUGAACCAGAGGGAAUUCAAACAGCUGGUGCAAAAAGAGCUGCCAAACUUUCUCAAGAAGGAGAAGAGGAAUGAGCAGGACAUAAACCACAUCCUGGAGGACCUGGACUCAAACGCAGACAAGCAGCUGACCUUCGAGGAGUUCAUCGUGCUCAUGGGAAGACUGACCUGGGCCUCCCACGAGCAUAUGCACAAGGAUGACCACGGCCCCGGCCACAGCCAUGGGCCAGGCCUCGGCGGGGUACAAGGCCAAGGCCACUGCCCAGGCCAAGGCCACGGCCACGGCCACGGCCACGGCCACGGCCACGGCCACUAACCAGGAGGCCAGGCCACCCUGCCACUGCCCAACCUGGGCCCUGGGGCCUGUUAUGCCAAACUGUCUUGGCUGUGAGGCGAGGGGCUAAGGGCAAAUAAAGUCUUCCUCCAAGUCA